AUGACUCUCCAAAAAAGAUGGAAAAACCUUAGAGACUGUUUCACAAGAGAGCUGCGCCGUCUUAAAGAUGUCAAAAGUGGUUCUGCUGCAAAACGUAAAAGUCAAUACACCUAUUUCAACCAAUUACUGUUUUUGAGAUCAGUGCUGGACACAAACGCAACAGAAAAUAGUCUUGAAGAGGCAAGUCAAGAAAAUGAAAGUGCAAGAUCUUCUGAUCUUGAGACUCAACAGUCUGCAUCAAAGUCGCUUAGAACAAAAAGGAAGAAAAAAAUACCAAACGAAGAAUCCGAUACAGACCCUUUAAUUUCAGUUCUGCAUAAGACCAUAGCGACAAUAGAGAAGACAGAUACACAGAAUUCAAAUUGUGACAGACUGUUUCUUUUAUCCCUCCUCGACAGAUUUCAAAAUAUCCCUGCUGUAAUGAAGACCAAAGCGAAAAUGGAAAUCAUGGAAAUUAUAGAAAAAUAUCAACCGAACUAUGAACCAACAGCGCGCAUAAACUAUUCAAGAAAUUUCAAUACUCUUUACGACCAAGAAUAUGACCCGCAUUGA